GUUGGGCUACAGUUCCCACAGCGAUGUAGAGCCGGACGAGUCGACCGAACCCCUGACCAAAAGGCCUACGGGUCAGCUCACACCCGAUGAACUCACAGCACAGGGAAUACUAUUUUUCAUCGCCGGCUACGACACUACCAGUGCCGCCAUAACUCACGCCAUAUACUACUUGUCCCUAAACAAGGACUGCCAGCAAAGUCUUUACGAUGAAUUAAAAACAUGCGAUGAGUUUGCAUACGAGAAGCUAGGUCAUUUGAAAUACUUGAAUGCAGUAAUCAAUGAGACCCUACGUCUGGCCCCAUCCCUGACCCGCACGAGUCGGGAAGCCCUACAGGACUACAAACUUGGAAAUACAGGCAUAACUAUACCAAAGGGCACGUCCGUCGAAAUAGUACCCUAUGCUCUGCACCGGCAGCCGGACCUGUGGCCCAACUCUAACGACUUCAUACCCGACCGGUGGUUAGAGCCCACACACCAUCCCUAUGCGUACCUACCCUUCGGUGGCGGACCCCGUGUUUGCAUUGGGCAACGGUUUGCCUUAAAUGAGAUGCGAAUGUGCCUGGCUAAACUCGUUCAUAAAUUUGAAUUUAACCUUGCUGAACAUAAUAAACAGACAAAACUUGAGUAUUUUGUCGG